AUGUUCACCCCUGUUCAUACUACAAUUGGGGCCCUGCUCCUGUUCAGUGGCUCAUUUGGAUUACUCCUACAUAAUGGACGCGUCUUUGGCAUCUCGUCAAUCCUUCGGUCGUGUCUGCUGCACCCCGGCAGCUUCAAGGAUGAAAAUAACUUUCCCAUCGUGGCUGGCUUGGUGUCGAGUCCGCUUUUGGUGAAGUUGGUGGUGCCCUCGUUGCUCCCUUCAUAUCCCCAGGAUUUUUCUCCUACAACGACACCACCAGCCUCUCCAUGGGUUUCGGCCGCUACGACAGUUGGAUUAGGGGUAUUAACUGGCUGGGGUACAAAGAAUGAUCAAGGCUGUACAUCAGGGCACAUGCUCAGUGGAAUGUCACGUCUCUCACCACGCUCUAUUAUAGCGACUGCCAUUUUCUUCACCACUGGGUUACUAGUUGCCAAUCUCGCACCAUCUUCAACGGGUCACACAUUGAUCCCACCCUGUGAAAAUGGUCCCUGCUAUUAUCCCAUCUACCCAAACGCAUUUGAAGUAGCCGUAAUGGGAACCACCUGCAUCGCCAGUCUGCUCACAACUUUCGUCUUUGGCCCCAAAAUCUUGACGCGAUCAUCGAAUUCGAGACGGCUAUUUGCCUACCUAGCGGGCAUCCAGUUCGGGCUAGGGCUAUUAUUUUCCGGCAUGGCGGACCCAGCCAAAGUUAUUCGAUUCUUUUCCUUUGCCGGUAACACAGCCGACUUCGAUCCUUCGCUAGCUCUUAUCAUCCUCUUCGCAAUCGGCCCGUCGCUUUAUGGUUAUCUGACCGUCGAACCGGGUAAACCAGACGUGAAUGGGAAUGUGAAAGCCCCGACACUGGCAGACACUUGGAGUUUGUCUCAACUCACCGUUGCUGACAUCGAUUGGCGCUUUGUAGUAGGUGCGAUGGUCUUUGGUUUAGCAUGGGGCUUGAGUGGGGUUUGUCCUGGGCCGGCUAUUCUGAGGUCUGUUCUUCAGCCGGUAUGGGGUAUUUUAUGGAUGAGUGGUUACUUUUUGGGAGGAUUGAUAUGA